AUGAAUAAUCUUUUCCUCACUACGAGAGGAGUUGUAUUUUUAUUAUUAUUUAUUAUUCUGUCUUUCCAUACUUGUAAAAUAGUCUCAUCACAACCAUUAUUACCACAACUAGAACGUAUGCUAAUACAAUACGGAGUAGCAGCAGCACCACAAGAUCAAACACUUUGUCAAGCAACUACAUACUUUCUCUGUAAUGAUAAUGAUGGAGAUGGAGUAUCUCAUAUAACCCAUGUCCUAUUUACAAAUAAUAUAAAUUAUGCUUCUGUCGGAGAGCCAGACCCCAACAUGAGAUCACUUUACCUUCCUCAAUUGAUCGUACUUCAAAUUAGCUUAAAUUCUUUGAUGGUGGCCAACAUAUCAAUGAAUAUAUUCGAGUUGAUCAAAGAUUUGAAUACCCUGACUACACUUUCCUUUUAUUCAGACCCAACCAUUGCCAUAGUGCCACCAAACUUUACCUUUCCAUUACUGGGAACUAUAACAUUAGAGAAUUGUCCAAAUCUAUCUAAUCUACCACCCACAUUUCUAAACAAUUCCCAAUCGUUGUUUUUGAUGUUUAUUUUUACACCAAUCCGAUCAAUGACCAUUGACCAUACCUAUUACCUUCCAGCUCUUUCUUCUUUUAGCAUUGAUUUGGAUGGUCGUGAUGGAUCUCAUUUUAUCAACAUUACAUCACACUCUUUUCCAAAACUAACAAUUGCACAUUGUGGAGGGAAAGUAGAAAAUAAUCCAGGACAAUGUAAUUUGAAUAUUGGGUAUCCAGAAAAAAUAUUAUACUUAACAGUAACAGGACCUCUAUCAUCGGUGUCACCUUAUCCCAUUACCAGUUUGGCGUAUCCAAUCCUCGAAAGAAUUGUUUUGAGGUACAUGGGAUUAUCAUCAUUUCCAUUGGUUGGAACUUAUCCUCCUAAAUUACAACAUUUAAAUUUAGGAUACAAUAAUCUUGGGUCAAUAUCAUCAAUUCCGUCAUCAUUAACAUUAUUGAUUUUGGAAGGAAAUCAAUUCAUUAGUAUUGAUUCAACUCUGAUAUCCGGACACCCAGGACUAGAUUUAUUAAAUAUGGCCUACAAUCCAGAUUUUACAGGACCCAUUACCGAUAUCUAUUGUGCACAUAUCCUCAAUGUAGUUGGCACAAGUGUCAGCUCGUUACCAGAUUGUUAUUGGUGUUACAAGAAUGUUUCUGGGGGUUAUUAUAUCGUUACAAGUUUACCUGAACCUGUAAACUUUUUUUGUGAUCGUAUUAAUAUUGUAACUAAUAAUGGACAGUAUGUAUUGACUGGCCAAAACAUUGGGUGGGGAUCAAGCAAGUCAAAUUACACUUUGACAAAAGUGGUUCCAAACAAAGUGCUUAAUGCCACGUUUAUCAAUCCACCAUUGAUCCCAACCAAUGUAACUUUGGAAAUGAGUAGUUAUAUAGGUGCACCAAAAACUCAAAUUACAUUGUUUGAAGGUGGUAUCACAAUUGGCAAACUUUAUCUUCAAUCGUCAAACACUAGUCUCCAAGCAAAUCUAUCCAUCUAUGUCACCAUUAAUCCAAAUCUUGUACACACUGUCCAAUUUGACAAUCAAAAUUGCUCGAAUCUUUAUGAUGUCGUUGUAAAGAGAUUUGAGUGUAAAAUCACUGGUAUCCAGACUGGAGUUCAUAUUGUAACCGUGUCAAAUGACUAUUACACUAGAUCAAAAAAUUUUGAAUUUGAUGCGCCCUAUCCAAAGAUUUAUUCAAUCAGUCCCCUCCCUGCUCAAGUUGGUACGUUUGUCCAAAUACAAGGGUAUUAUGGGCCACUCCUGGGAAUGGCUGUAAGCUUCUACAAGGAUAAUGGCCAAACUAGCGUACCCAGUUGUAACCAGAACCUACUUUUAAGACCAUCUCCAUCAAUCAUAUCAUGUUAUCUUAUGACAGCAUUGACAAAUGAAACCGUGGAUGUCGUUGUAGCUGAUACAGAUGGUACUUAUUCUGGAUCUUUUUUGGUCUCACUUGAAUAUAUCUGUCAACAAUCAACUGAUAAUUGCCAUGGUAAUGGUCAGUGUAAUACUACGGGUCAAUGUGUAUGUAAUAGUAAUGGCUACUAUAAUGAUUGUUCAAAACCAUAUCCAAUCAUUUCAUCUGGUAGCUAUGAUGUAAAUAAUACUAAAUUAGUUAGUUUGUAUGGUGAUUUUGGACCUUAUGGACAAUCAAACUUAUCAAUUAAAAUUAAUAAUACUUUGGAUUGUACUGUAAAUUUAAAAUCACAAACAUUAAUUACUUGUGAUUUGGAGAAAACACCAAAUUAUGGAUUAUCAUCAGUUCAAUUACAACUUGAUUCUUUGGAUGCAAAUGUUAAGAAUAUUUUAUAUCUGCGUAGACCAAGUAAUGGUGGUAAUAAUGGUACAACUACCACAGCUUCAUCAACAACAACAACCACCACUUCAACGUCUGGAGGUACAACACCAGACACACCACAACAACAAUGUGAAAAACAAACAUCACAUUGCUACGGUCAUGGUAUUUGUAAUGUAAACGGAAUAUGUCAAUGUGACAAAGACUAUAAUCAAGCUGAUAAUUGUUUUACAAAGUUUAUAAAUACAACGAUUACACCAAAUACAACCUCACCAACAGUAUCAUUUGAUAUUGAUGGAAUUGAUUUCCAAUUUGAAGUGGUAUCUAUUCAAGAAUUGGAUUUUGAUAGUAAUAUUGUUAAAGAAUUAUUUAUUUCAAAUUAUACUUGGAUUGUGAAUGCAUCAACCAAUAAUAUUACAACUAUUGUUGAUUAUCAAUUAAAUACAACCCUUUCAUCCAUUCCACUUACCAACUCUUCAACAGACAUUAAUAGUAUCCUAUUCCAAUCAGUAAAGGUACUAUCAACGAUAUCAUUCUCAACACAAUCAAGAGAUAUUCAAUUUGGAGAUCAACAACUUCACAUCAAUGCCAACUCGAUUAAACUAUCAGUCAAUGUUACAAAUUGGCAAUACUCAUCCAACUUGGCAACACUCAGAGUUGUAUUUAGAACCAUCAUCAUCAACAACCAAACAGUUGAAUACGAUUGCAAUGAAAAAGAGAUUGAUCCACUGUCAUAUGAUUCAUUGUCAUCAUUGCAAUACCUCAGAGUGAUCAAAGAUGAUAUUCAAUUCAAUGGUAGAUUUAUUGAUGUUGCAUUGUCUGAUGGUCGACCAACCUAUUCACAAACACAACUCAUUUCAUUGACACAAUCAACCAGUAAUGAAGAUGAAUCGAUUGCAUUGAUUGGUAUCAACUUACCACAAUGUCAAUCAUGUGUCCUCGAUCCUGAUUUCUCACCAUUAUUAAUCGAAAAGCAAAGUGAAUGUGACAGUAAAUCAAAUACAUGGAGAAUCAUUGUUGGUGUGGUAGUUGGUGGCGUUGGUGCCAUAGCCAUUGCAACUGCAUCACUAGUCUAUUACAAAAAGAUACAAUUAUCUAAAACAACAAAUAAACAGAUGAAGAUGAAGCUAGAGAAAUUUAGCACAUCUUGA